AUGACUGCAGGCCUGUCUGCGCAGCCGAAGCUGCAGCUGCUGCAGCUGCUGCAGCUGCUGCUGCUGGCUGCAGGAUGCACCCACAGCUACAAACCUGUUGUCAUCGUUCAUGGGGUUCUGGACGGACCCAAACAGUUUCAGAACCUGACUUCAUUCAUUACAAAGGUGCAUCCAGGGACCCAGGUCUCUGUCAUCAGUUUGUACAACAACCUGAAGAGUCUGAAGCCGUUGUGGUCUCAGGUCCGAGACUUCCAGAGAGUCCUGGAGGACAUCAUGAUGAAGUUCCCUGAUGGGGUCCAUCUUCUGUGUUUCUCACAAGGUGGUGUAAUCUGUCGAGCUCUCCUCUCCAUGACUCCCAAACACAACGUGGACACGUUCAUCUCCCUGUCGGCCCCUCUGGCGGGACAGUACGGAGACACAGAUUACCUGAAACACCUGUUUCCUGACUGUCUGAAGAAGGACGUGUUUUUAAUCUGCUACAACAAACUCGGACAGAUGUGGUCCAUCUGCAACUACUGGAACGACCCUCAUCGUAGAUCCUUCUACCUGAGGAGCAACAUCUUCCUGCCUCUGCUGAACGGAGAGACACCUCACCAACACCUGAAGCAAUGGAGGGACAGCUUCCUGCGCAUCAAGAAGAUGGUGCUGAUUGGAGGACCGGAUGAUGGCGUCAUCACACCGUGGCAGUCCAGCCACUUUGGUUUUUAUGACGACAACGAAAAUGUUGUGGAAAUGAGGAACCAGGAGUUUUACAGGAACGACACGUUUGGUCUGAAGACGCUGGACGCUCGCGGCGGCCUGUCGGUGUGCGUUCAGUCUGGGGUGGAGCACACGCACUGGCACGACAACUUCACCGUGUUUCAGAAGUGCAUGGAGCGGUGGCUCACCUGAGAACAACACCUCCUCUGGACAUGUCCAAACCAUCACACUCUGUCCUCUGUGUCCUUAAUAAUCCUUUAAAUUCCUUCUGCUUAUUUUUAAUUAUGUAAACCGACAAGGAAAUUAUAAAAAUCAUACUUUAAAAAAUGAA